AUGGUGGAUGAGGUGGACCAGCAACAAACCACUAAUACUGUAGCAGAGCCCUUGGAUCUCAUCAGACUUCGUCUGGAUGAAUGAAUUUAUGUGAAAAUGAGGAAUGACUGAGAACUUCAAGGCAGAUCACAUGCUUAUGAUCAGCAUUUAAAAAUGAUUUUGGGUGAUGUUGAAGAGACUGUGACAACAAUAGAGAAUGCUGAAGAAACAUAUGAAGAGAUGUAUAAAUCCACCAAGAGGAAUAUUCCAGUGCUGUCUGUCAGAGGAGAUGGAGCUGUACUUGUUGCUUCUCCACUGAGGGUUGGCUGAACCCAUGAGAAAUGUAUCCCUUGGAAAACAAUGGGCCUCAAGAUACUGGCUUCUGUUCUCCUGAAUACUAAGACUCUGCACGCAAUUUUACAGGAGAUUCUUCCACCUGACUCUGUGUUGUUCAAGAGGCAAGAACUCAUUUGGCAAAUAGAGGACAUGAAAGAGUUUUCCUACACUAGUUUAAAUGCUAUUUUCUUAUGUACCAGUGCAGUGGACUUAACUUUAUAGUUAACACGUAUGUUAGAAGUGCAUUCCUUUUUUAAAAAAAUAAACCUUUUGUUGGUUUACUGAAAAAAGAAAAAAAUACUUAGUGGCCCUGGCACCUGUUGCCCCACCCACACUCACCACUGUGUUCAAAAGGGUGCAGUAACCUUGGUGGGCUCUUCACACAUGCAGUUUUCCUUGUUGGGCUUUUGUAAGAUUGCAGCGCUGCAUCAAUAACAGCAGAAAAGGCAAGUUCCUUUGUCCUGGAUGCCAAUAUUGAUUUGCAUAGGAACAUCAGCCAAAACAUUUUUGCUUCUGGACACUAAACAGUUUAGGGUUUUUUUAAAUACUGAAGGUCAUGACAACACUAGAAACUCUAGUGUUUUUAAGCAUUUUUAGGACCACAACCAGCUACAAAGUCAAGUGCAUUUGUUUAUUUUAUUGGGUUAAAGCACUUUGUCUUCACUCUGAGCUAAAACGUGGCCAAUUUUGAUCCAGCCAGUGUGGAAAAGUGGUUUGAGGUGGAAUAGUUGUUUGUUGUGCUAAUGCAUGCAGAAUUAAUUCCUAGAGUGUGCCAAGGGCAGAUGGAAAAUUUCUGUCUUAGUAAUGCAACACAUUCAUUGUAAUAGCACAUUUAAGAACUAACCACUUCAUCACACAGCUCAAACAAUCACAAACACAAAAAAGUACACUGCCUUACUGGUUUCUUAAAACAAUACGUGAACAUGAACUAAGACAGAAAGUCAGGUGCAAACACAUAAGCUAUAUGUUCAAGUCAAAGCAGUGUAAUGUGCUAGGCCAUGAACCCUCCUCUGCAGAUCCUGCUAUGCCACAGCUGUCAGUGCAAAACAGUGACCGAAUGUGCAUGUUCUGAAAUGUUACUAACCCUGUAUGCAAAUACAGCCCCUGUAAAUCCACAACCAGAUGCUGCACAAGCAAAACCUCACACAGGUUGCCGUCUAAGUACACCUCUCCUGCAGAAAUAUGACUGAAUCUUGCUUCAGGCAAGAAGCUUUCACUGGGCAAUCUUUCCUCCUCACGCACAGUCCGCAUUCCUAUUUCAAGCACAAGCUGUGCUGCCCUUGGUAUUACCUGUCCGACUUGACUUCCUCUCUCCAAAGGCCCCUCUGAAGUUGGCCAGGCAUCUUAUUACGCUGCACACCCACCGCAGUGAGCUUUCAGGCGGAGGCUACCAGCUGCUCCAGGCUUCAUCUGCUUUCAUGGACCACUAACCUGACAGGGCUGCUUCAUCCUGCUGUACACCCCUUGCUGGCAACUACUUUUUAAACUGUAUUUUACAUCAAGCUAGAAACGUAUCGUCACCUAUGCACCCCCAAACAAGCUAAGACCCUGGCAAAACUCUCCUCCGCACCUCCUCCUCAUCUGUGAAGUAACUGUUGGUUUGACACAGACUUUCUCAUGCACCUCAGCUGUGCAGCUCUAUUUUCCUAUCACUGAGAGCAGGGACACCCCAAACUUUCGAGAGAUUGGCACGGGCAGUGUCACAAAAUGGCUGCCAGGGAGCUUGUCCAUUUAAAAACUGGUGGGCACGAUCAGUCGCAAAAUGCUAAUUUCCCAAAGGUAAACUGAUGGGUUGGACACGACUUUGUGACUAACAACAACAACAACAAACUGUUGGGAUUAAAAAAGCAACUUCUCCAAAACAUAAAAUCACUUGUUUGAACCUAAAUAAAUAUUGUGCAGGGGGGCAGCUCUUAGCUUUGCGGCAAGACAACUUUACAAUUAUUAUUAUUAUUGUUAUUAUUAAUUAGAGUAACCUUAAGAAAGAAAAUACAAAUCAGGGAGUGGAGGGAUCAAGGUGGCGCCAGGAGCCAUCAGGCUGGAGAUGUCAGAUUUCGCUUGUUGACUUGGAGCGAGCAGCUGAGGCACAGCAGGGGAAAUGCUUCCUGUUGUCUGCUUUGUUGGUCUGGACACUGGGGGGAAAGGGGGUUGAACGGGCCCUUUGAGUCUUGACUUGUGAGGAAGUGGCGGUCGUGCACGUUUGUGAGUGUGUGAAAACCUAUCAGCAAAUGAUCUUUUCUGGAGCAGUUCAAGGAUUUGGCCACUGGAUGGGGAUCUUGUAUGAAAAAUGGGAAAUCAAAUAACCUGGUUAUUCUGCCUUCCGUUGGCUCCCUUUUUAAAAAGGAAUCUAUGCUAAGUCUUGGCCAAGGUAGAUUAUGGGCAUCCACAGACACACUGAUUUUGAAUCUGCAAUUAUUAAACGUUCAGAAUGCUCCUUAAUUUGUUAGCUUGAACAGGGUGGCUUUGAAAUUGACAUCAUGUCUAUUUACUUAGGCAAAGUCAGUCAGCAGUGGCACAGAAUGACAGAGAGGAAAGAGGAAAAGUUCAGAUUCAUUCCUACACUGUCACAGAUGCAAGUACACAAAUAGUGUGAUAGCACAGCAGAUCAAAUCUAAUGUUUGUUUUCUGUGACAUCCUUCUAUAUACUUCUACUAUAAUAGACAUAUAUAGACAAAUGGCUCAUGACAUCGUCAGAUCUAGUAAAAUAAUACAUACGGAGAAGUUCCACUCAUUUAUUUCCUUGUUUCUUCCCUGUUCUACAGCACCUUUAACAUCUAAUUAGUGUUCAAUUAGCAUUUAAUAUUUGGAGAGCAACACCCACAACUAACUGCUUCGGUUCUUACACUGAUGUGAUCAGCUAAGACACUUGUUUGCUUCAAAGGAUAAAGCACAAGGCAGCGGGGAAGCUCCAGAGACAACAGAGUGAAAAGGAUUCUGGCAGUUACAUGAUUCUGCAAGUCAGUGUGCAAGAAUAAAUAGAAGACUUUGACCUACACAAACUUAGCUCAAGAACUUAAUCAGAGACAUGAUACGCAAUUACUCCACAGCAAUUGGAGUGAAAACUUAGCUCACACUGCUAGCAGCUUAUUUUCAGAAAAGCAUAUUGUCACAGGUAAUGUCUAGUAUGGAAUGCUUGGGGAAGCCACAACAACAAUACAAGUUGGAUGGUGGUGUUGUUACAUGCUGUCAAGUCACCUCUAACCUAUGGUGACCCUAUGAAUGAGUGUC